AUGGAAUUUCUAAGAAGGGGUGUUGAUUACAUAAUCUGGCCUUUUACUAAAGUUGCUGAAAAGGCAUCUGUAGCACCGGCUAUUGUACCUGGUGGGAGUAAUGCAAAGUUAGCAGGCAUUCUAGGAGCGCUUGCAAUUUCCGCGUUGGCUUAUGGAGCUCAUGGUUUUCAAAAUACUGAAAGGUCUGAGCAAAACCUCAGAACUUUCAGAAAUGCUGCUGAUAUGAAUAUUCUGCACGCUCUUGCCCUUCUCGGUGUACAUAACUCGCGUUUUCCGAAAUUGACCACAACGCUUUUUCUGAUUGGAACUGUCCUCUUUUCUGGGACUUGUUAUUACACAGCGCUAACAGAUGACCGUAGAUUUGUGGAUAUUGCGCCCAUCGGUGGAUCUACCCUUUUGAUUGGAUGGCUCACAUUCGCUUUGUAA